AUGGAUUACCGAAUGCGGCUGGGGGAUAAACGGCCGCUUGAAGAUGGGAACGCGCCGCACCAGCCCGAGAAACGACAGCGAGUUCCGGCUUUAGCGAGUGUAAUUGUAGAGGCGGUCAAGAUGGACAGUUUACAGAAGCUCUGCUCCACGCUCGAGCCCUUGUUACGACGCGUGGUCGGUGAAGAGGUGGAGAAAGCGCUCGCGAAGCUUGUGCCCAACAAUGUACCGCAGCUGCCUGGAAGACCCGACCCCAAGCGGCUGCCUGCGCCGGAGAGCUCGCGCAAGCUGCGCCUGGCGUUCCGCAGCAAGCUGGCGCUGCCACUGUACACGGGCGCGCGCGUGGAGGGGGAGGGCGGGCAGGCGGUGCACGUGGUGCUACAGCACGCGGACACGGGGCAGACGGCCAUGGAUCUCCCGGAGUCUAGCGGGAAGCUAGAGGUGGUGGUGCUGGAAGGGGACUUUAACAAACCUAUUGACGACGACUGGACGCAGGAGGAGUUUGAGCAGAACGUGGUGAAGGAGCGCGAGGGCAAGCGGCCGCUGCUGACAGGCGAGGUGACGUUCAACCUCAAGGACGGCGUGGGCACGCUGGGCGACCUCUGCUUCACGGACAACAGCAGCUGGAUCCGCUCGCGCAAGUUCCGCCUCGGAGUUAGGGUUGCGCCCGGGCAGGAGGGGGAGGGCGGGGGCGUGCGCGUGCGGGAGGCCAAGACUGAGGCGUUCACGGUUAAGGACCACCGGGGGGAAUUGUACAAGAAGCACUACCCGCCGAAGCUGAACGACGAGGUGUGGCGGCUGGACAAGAUCGGCAAGGACGGCGCCUUCCACAAGCGCCUCAACCAGUCCGCCAUCGUCACCGUCGAGGACUUCCUGCGCCUCAUUGUCAUGGAUCCGCAGAGGCUGCGCUCGAUCCUGGGCUCCGGCAUGUCGAACAAGAUGUGGGAGGGCGUGGUGGAGCACGCCAAGACGUGUGCGCUGAACGGGAAGCUGUACGUGUACUAUGCGGACGAGAAGCAGAACAUCGGCGUGAUCUUCAACAACAUCUUCCAGCUCAUGGGGCUCAUUGCUGACGGCCAGUACAUGUCCGUCGACCUGCUCUCCGACUCCGAAAAGCUGUAUGUGGACCGGCUAGUGACCAUGGCAUACAACGAUUGGGACAGCGUGGUGGAGUACGACGGGGAGGCACUCAUCGCCUCGCAGCGUGCCGCAGGGCAAACGGCCGGGGGCGACAAGGCAGGGCCGUCGUCGGCGCCCACUGUGUCGGUGACUGUUGGGGCGUCCACUGCUGCUGAGGGGCAGGGCACUGCCACUUCGCUCGAUGACUCUGAUGGGCCUCAAGGUGGCUCUUACCAAAUCGACUCGGUGCAGCAGCAGCAGGGUAUCUCGGGCAAUGCAUCGUUGCUACAACAGCACGUGAGGCGGCAGGCAUUGGCCAACGACCAAGCACAGGCUGUGGAGCAGAAGCACCAGAACCAGGACCAGCAGCAGCAGCAGCAGCAGCUGCUUCAAUUGGGCCUGGGUAGACAAGGUGGUCAGCAGAACCCCCCACAGCAGCAGCAGCAGCAGCAGCAGCAGAUGGGGUAUGGAGGGGGUGUGGGAGGGAUGGGAGCAGGCAGCUCAGGAGGAGGAGGAGCAGGAGGAGGGGGACUCUGGGAUGGCUCCACUGCUGUUGCAGGGGGCGGGGAGGGUCACAUGGGCGGUAACAACAACACUGUUACAGUGGGCCCAGAUCCUUUCGCCAAUGCCAUGGUUCCCUUUGGUGCUGGUGCCGCCGCCGGUGGUGGGGGUACUGGCGGUUUGGGGAAUGACGGGGCGGGAGGAAUGGGAGGAGGGGGCAUAUCGGGGUGGGCGUCUGGAGUGGGGAAUGCGAGCAGUGGGGCGACAGGAGCAGCAGCGGCGGCUGCGGCGCUCUUUGGUGGGCCUGGGGGGCUCAGUGGGCACUUGGACGACUUUGGGCUGUCAGAGGAGGAUCUGCGUGCUAAGAGCCUGGAGCUUCUCGAAAAUGAGGAUAUGCACCAACAGAUGCAGCAGCUGCUAGGUCUGAUCAACGACUACACGCCGGCAGGGUCAGCAGGGACCAUCACAGCGAACCUACAGCACGAUGACAACGAAAUUGUUUUCCAAGGGGGGUUCCUCACUCCCUCUGCUCCCACCGGUGCUGUGACUGCUGGAGGUUCAGGAGGGGUUGCGGUAGGGGGAGGAGUUGGUGGGGACGGGGUGGGCCCGGAUGGGGCUUCGCACUUGAAGCAUACGAGCAAGGUUGGGUGGCUGAAGCUGCGGGCGGCGUUGCGGUGGGGCAUCUUUAUCAGGAAAAGGGCUGCGCAGAGGCGUGCGCAGAUUGUUCAGUUGGACGACAAUGAUGAUGAUGAAUAG